AUUUUUCAUUAUUAUACAUUUUUAACAAAGUUUAUUUAUAUAGGAACAAUUGACAGAAAAUGUCGUCUCAAGGCAACAUUCAAUUUCUACACAGAAAUGCAGUCAAUACAGUCAAUCCAAGCCAUUCAAGUUAAAUAUUUUUAACAAAUGCUGAAAUAAACCAAAUUUUCGAUGAUUUUCGAACUUGGUGACAUGCAUAUGAAAACAGAAGCGUGCAUCUGAUCAGUUUCUUUUUUGAUAUAGGCAGAACUGACGCAGAACUGCAGCCUUACUAAACACUGUGAUUGCCGCUCGCCUCUCUUGCUCCUCUGUGGUGCUAGGGUGACGCAUGACGCAAUGGAGGCGCGGCGAUCUUCUCCAAUAAAUUCUCAGCCAGCAGCCCGUCUCAGCUUCAGACAGAGCGCAUUCAGACCUUUCCCAUCACUGCUUGGAUUUAAAACGAACCCACACCGACGAGGCACCGCUGAAGACGGGGUGCAACUUGCUGCAGCUAUGAUUAAGAAAAUGUCUCCAUCAGAGAAUGACUUCGACAUUCCUGCCAAGAAUUGCCACAGGAUGGUGAUUCUUGGCUCCACUAAAGUUGGGAAGACGGCCAUUAUCUCCAGGUUUCUCAACGAGAGGUUUGAUGACCAGUACACACCGACUAUUGAAGACUUUCAUAGAAAGUUCUACAGCAUCAGAGGGGACGUUUACCAGCUGGACAUCCUGGACACAUCUGGAAACCACCCGUUCCCUGCAAUGAGGAGACUUUCGAUUCUCACUGGUGAUGUUUUUAUCCUGGUGUUCAGUCUGGACAACAGAGACUCGUUCCAAGAGGUGCAGCGUCUGAAACGCCAAAUACACGAAACCAAGUCCUGUCUCCGCAACAAAACUAAGGAGAAAGUGGACGUCCCGCUCGUUAUCUGCGGCAACAAGUGCGACCGGGACUUUUACAGAGAAGUGCAGGACGAAGAGAUCGAGAAGCUGGUCGGGGGGGACGAGCACUGUGCCUACUUUGAGAUCUCUGCAAAAAAGAACACCAACGUCGACCAGAUGUUUCAGACGCUCUUUACCAUGGCCAAGUUGCCCAACGAGAUGAGCCCCGACCGACACUGCAAGGUUUCCCUGCAGUACUGCGACGUUUUGCACAGAAAGUCAUUCAGGAAUAAGAGAUGCAAGGACGGGAACGCAUACGGAAUAGUGGCGCCGUUUGCGCGCAGACCAAGCGUGCACAGUGACUUAAUGUACAUCAAAGAGAAAGCAAUAGGUGGCAGCCAGGCCAAAGAGAAAGGCUGCGUCAUUUGCUGACGCCUUUACCACACAGACUGCUCAAAACUUUUGCAGCCAAAUAAAUAAAUUUUAAAAAAAAAAUCAGCCGGGCUGCAGAAAACACGAGACCAAACAGAAAAAAUAAAAACUGUAGACUGCUUGAUCCAAAUAGAGGUCAAGACGUGGUUUAGUAGAUGCUCUGGAAAUGCUGUAAAAUGUGACUGCGUUGUCUCUCCAAGAGCAGCAUUGAAGGGAAGAAAUGUUUACAUUUUGCCACCGUUCUCACGUAGAAUGGCACUUUGAAUGUUUGUUUUGCAGAAUGAACAAAAUGAAUACACAUGUAUUUAUCAUGUCCUUGUCAACAUUUUUUUGGAUAAGGAGAAAAUAAAACUCUUGAUACUUUUUUAGCCUCUUGUUUCUCUUGUGAUUAAUUUCAUGCACAGCACACUAUAUUGUAUACUAUUUCACCCCCUUCUUUCCAAUUUU